UAGGAAGGCCGGAGGGCAACAACCCUAGGCUGCUAGAGGCGGGCCGGGUGUGUUAACGAGAGAAUACGUUAUGUAAAAAGACUCUUCACUUUCUCCAGAUGUUUUAGAAAUGAGGCUUCUGCAGAGCAAUCUCCCAGGCGGUGCUUCUACCCUCCGGCCUUACCACUCCCUCCCGCCCCGCUCCCAGGACCGGGUUGCCUCCGAACACCCCUACCCGCACGUCGCCACGCCUUUGCUCUGGCAGUGCCUCUGCCGAUGGCCGGGAACGCCCAUUUACCCGCCCGGAACAGUCGCUACACAUUGGAGCCUCACACUGCUUUCGAAGCACCAAUUCCGAAUACCCUGCCUCGGAAAUAUCACGAGGACUUCCUGGACUCCAAAACGCGUAUCUCUUCUGGCUGGAAUGGGAGCCUCAAAAGGCAGUGUGAGGCCCUGGCCGUUUUCCUGGCCGGCGACAUUGUUCCUGGCACAGACCGAAUGACGCCAUUUUUGUUACUGGUAGAGCUCGGCUUGGAGGCUGUUUCUGGGCAUGCGAAAGAUAAGCUAAAGCGUCAACCAGACCCACCAAGGAGGGCUGGAGGGGAAAGGGAAUUUCGGGGGAUGUUGAGCCCAUUUGUGCAAGCAGGGAGCCAAGUUCGUCUUGAGAAUGAGCUUUGGGGUCCUGAGAGCAGAGCCAGGGAACUAGUGACCUAUGAAGAUGUGGCUGUGGACUUCACCCAGGAGGAGUGGCAGCAUCUGGACCCUGCUCAGAAGAUCCUACACAGAGAUGUGAUGCUGGAGAUCUACAGCCAUCUGGUCUCUGUGGGGUGUUCAGGUAUAAGUCCAGGUAUAAUCUUCAAGUUGGAACAUGAAGAGGACCCAUGGAUCAUGAAGAGUGAGUUGUCAAGGUGGAUCCACUCAGACAGGGAGAAAAGCCUUGACUCUUCCCAGCAGAUCAUUUCUGAAGAACUUUCAUUUCAAAAAGAGAUAUUGGAAAAAGCCCCAAAGGAUAAUUCAUUGUACUACCUUUUAAAAGUUUGGCGUAUUGAUGGUCAGACACAUAAAUAUCAGGGAAACCAAGACAGAGUUUUGAAGCAAGUCACAGUCAUUAACCAUGAAACAUUGGCCAAGGAGAAAGGCCCCAAAUAUAACACACUUGGAAACAGUUUUGGUGGGUGCAUAAACCUUGAUCCUUCAAGUAAAAAACUCCAUAAUUUUGAUUUAUGUGAAAAGAACUUGGAAUCUAAUUUAGACUCACUGAUAUGUAAUAGGAGCCAUACAAGAAAGAACCCCAUUGAGAGAUUUGGAUGCAGGAGCCCACCUAGCUUUAGUGAUUCCUGUUCUGUACCUGAGAAAAUUUACACUGGCAUGAAACCUUGUGGACAUGGUCAAUGUGAAAAAUUUCUCAGUCAUAAACAAGUCCAUAUUCAGUAUAAAAAAGGUCAAGCUGGUAAGAAACCCAAUGUUUGUGGUGAGUGUGGGAAAGGCUUUAUUAAGAAGUCACAACUUAUUAUACAUCAAAGAAUUCAUACUGGAGAAAAACCGUAUGUAUGUGGAGAUUGUGGAAAAGCCUUCAGUGAGAAAUCACACCUCAUUGUGCAUCAGAGGAUUCAUACUGGGGAGAAGCCCUAUGAGUGUACUAAGUGUGGGAGGGCCUUCUCCCAGAAGUCACCCUUCAUUGUUCAUCAAAGAGUCCACACUGGAGAGAAACCCUAUGAAUGUUCUGAGUGUCAAAAAGCCUUCUCUCAGAAGUCACAUCUCAUUAUACAUCAGCGAGUUCACACUAGAGAGAAGCCCUUUGAAUGUAGUGAAUGUGGGAAAGCCUUCUGUGAGAAGUCUCACCUUUUUAUACACCAGAUAAUUCAUACUGGGGAGAGACCCUAUGAAUGUACUGAAUGUGGGAAGACCUUCCCUCGGAAAACACAACUCAUCAUCCAUUAUAGAACACAUACUGGAGAGAAACCCUAUAAGUGUAGUGAAUGUGGAAAAACCUUUUGCCAGCAGUCCCACCUCAUAGGGCAUCAAAGAAUUCAUACAGGAGAGAAACCUUAUGUGUGUAAUGACUGUGGAAAAGCCUUUUCCCAAAAGCCCCACCUUACUGGACAUCAAAGGCUUCACACUGGAGAGAAACCUUAUAUAUGUACAGAGUGUGGAAGAGCCUUCUCUCAGAAAUCACCUCUUAUUAUACACCAGAGAAUUCAUACAGGGGAGAAACCCUAUGAGUGUAGUGACUGUGGCAAAACCUUCUCCCAGAAAUCACCCCUCAUUAUUCAUCAGAGAAUUCAUACAGGGGAGAAACCCUAUGAGUGUACUGAGUGUGGAAGGGCAUUUUCCCUGAAGUCACAUCUCAUUAUACAUCAGAGAGCUCAUGCUGGAGAGAAACCAUAUGAACGUAAUGAAUCUGGAAAGGCCUUAUGUGAGACGUCUCCACUAGCUGUACAUCAAAGAACUCAUACUAGGGAGAAACCCACUGAAUCUGCUGAAUAUGGUAUGGCCUUUUCCCGAAAUUCACAGAUGAUCACAUAUCAGAGAACACACACAGCAGAGAAACCCUCCAACUGCAGUGACUGUGGGAAGGUGUUCUGCCAGCACAUACACUUCACUGGACAUCAGAACCAACAUAGGAGAGAAACUUCAUAUAAGUACUGAUUGUGGGAAGGUCUUCCCAGAAGUCAGAUCUCACUAUGGAUGAAAAAACUCACACUGAACAGAAAUCCUCUGGGUACAUUGGACAUGAAAAAAAUGUGGCACCUCCUUUACUGUGGAAUAGAUUCAUACAUUCCUACAUAUUUCUGAUUACUCCUCCACAGGAUGAUCUGGUCAGGCUCUCAGAAUAUUUUCAACACUGUAAAUAUGUAAUGCACUUGCUCACCUUCAAAGUAUUCCCCCCCCUCACAGAAUAAAUACAUCUGGAAUAAUUGGCAUAAUUUUGGUGUUAUUUGGUGCUUGAAGGUUUUGUAGCAUUUUCCGGUGAAUUUAUUUGGGUAUGGUGCAUAAUUUGAAAGCAAUCUCAUUGUCAUCUUUCUCUAUUUCUUUCAUCAUAUUUUCUCUCUUUAGAUUAUAUAUGUAUUUAUGUUGAUAUGUCUAUCAAUACAUAGAUAUAGAUAUAUGAAUCCUUGUAAUUUUCAUAAAAAUCAUCCAUUUUCUCAAGGAAAUAUAGAUUUGUGAAAUUUUGAAAAAAGAAAAAUAUAUUUAUGAAGUUUUGAGCAAAGUGAUCUCCUAUGAUUCAUUUAAUUUCCUCGACAUAUAUUGUUAUUUCUCCACUAUCAUUUCUCAUAGUGUGUAUUUGUGAUUUCUUUUUCCCUAAUUAGGUAAACUAAUACUAAUUUUUUUCUCUCUUUCUCCUCUCAACUUUUAUUUUAUUUUUUUAAAUUUCUUAAUGUUUAUUAUUUUUUUGAGAGAAAGAUACAGAGUGCAAGUGGGAGAGGGGCAGAGAGAGAGGGAGACACAGAAUCCAAGCAGGCUCUAGGCUCCGAACUGUCAGCACAGAGCCCGAUGCAGGCUCAAACUCACAAACUAUGAGAUCAUGACCUGAGCUGAAGUCGGAUGCUUAACCGACUGAGCCACCUAGUCACCCCUCAAAUUUUACUUUUUAUUUUCUUCUUCCAAAUUUUUAUUUAAGUUCUAGUUAAUAUGUAAUGUAAUAUUGGUUUCAGGAGUAGAAUUUAGUGAGUCAUCACUUCCAUAUAACACCCAGUGUUCAUCAUAACAAGUGUCCUACUUAAUACCCAUAACCCAUUUAUCCCACCUCCCUCCAUCAACCUUCAGUUUGUUCUCUAUUAUUGAGAGUCUUUUAUGAUUUGCUUCCCUCUCUCCUUUUCCCCUCUUCCCAUGGGUUCAACUGUUUUGUUUCCUAAAUCCCACAUAUGAGUGAAAUCAUACGAUAUUUGUCUUUCAUUGACUUAUUUCGCUUAGCAUAAUACACUCUAGCUCCAUCCACAUUGUUGCAAAGGCAAGAUUUCAUUCUUUUUGAUGGCUGUAUUUCAUUGUAUGAAUAUACCACAUCUCCUUUAUCCAUUUAUCAGUCAAUGGACAAUUGGGCUCUUGCCAUAAUUUGGCUAUUGUUGAUAAUGCUUCUAUAAACAUUGGGGUGAUGUACCCCUUCAUAUCUGUAUUUUUGUAUCCUUUGUGUAAAGACCUAGAGAUGCAACUGUCAGAUCAUAAGGUAGUUCUAUUUUUAACUUUUUGAGGAAACUUUAUACUGUUUUUCACAGUGGCUGCACCAGUUUACAUUCCCACCAGCAGUGCAAGAGGUUCCCCUUUUUCUGCAUCCUUGGUAACAUCUGCUGUUUCCUGUGUUGUUAAUUUUAGCCAUUCUGACAGGUGUGAAGUGGUAUCUCAGUGUGGUUUUGAUUUGUAUUUCCCUGAUGAUGAGUGAUAUUGAGCAUCUUUUCAUGUGUCUCUUAGCCAUCUGGUUGUCUUUCUUGGAAAAAUGUCUAUUCAUGUCUUCUAUCCAUUUCUUAACUGGAAUACCUAUUGUUUGGAUGUUGAAUUUGAAACAUUCUAUAUAGAUUUUGGAUACUAACCCUUUAUCAGAUAUGUCUUUUGCAAAUAUCUUCUCCCAUUCCAUAGGCUGCCUUUUAGUUUUUUUGAUUGUUUCUUUCAUUGUGCAGAAGCUUUUUAUCUUGAUGAAGUCCCAAUAAUUCAUUUUUGCUUUUGUUUCCCUUGCCUCCAGUGAUGUGUCUAGUAAGAAGUUGCUACAGCCGAGGUUAAAGAGGUUGCUGUGUUCUCCUCUAGGAUUUCAAUGGUUUCCUGUCUCACAUUUAGGUCUUUCAUCCAUUCUGAAUUUAUUUUGUGUGUGGUGUAAGAAAGUGGUCCAGGUUCAUUGUUCUGCAUGUUGCUGCUAGUUUUCCCAACACCAUUUGUUAAAGAGACUGUCUUUUUUCCAUCAAAUAUUCUUUUUUUAAGUUUCUUUAUUUUGAGAGAGAGAUAGAGGCAGAGAGAGAAUCUCAAGCAGGCUCCAGUGCAAUGUGGGAUUUGAACUAACUGUGAAAUCAUUACUGAGCCAAAGUCAAGAGUCGAAUGGAGAGACUGAGACACCCAGGCUCCCCUUACAUCAGAUGUUCUUUCCUGCUUUGUCAAAUAUUAGUUGACCAUAUAGUUGUGGUCCAUUUCUGAGUUUUCCAUUCUGUUCCAUUGAUCUAUGUGUAUGUUUUUUCCCAUUCUUUGUGUCUUCUCCAAAUUCUUUCGUAAGUGUUCUGUAGUUUUCAGAGUACAGAUCUUAUACCACUUUGGUUAGACUUAUUCCUAAGUAUCUUAUUGUUUUUGGUGCAAUUGUAAAUGGGAUUGAUACCUUGAUUUCUUUUUCUGCUGUUUCAUUAUUUGUUUAUAAAAACGCAACAGAUUUGUGUACAUUGAUUUUUAUAUCCUGUGACUUUUUUGAACUCAUAUAUUAGUUCUAUCAAUUUUUGGUGGAGUCUUUUGGGUUUUCUACAGAGAGUAUUAUGUCAUCUGCAAAUAGUGAAAGCUUGACUUCUUCUUGGCUGAUUUGGAUACCUUUUAUUUCUUUUUGCUAUCUGAUUGCUGAGGCUAAGACCUCCAGUACUAUGUUAAAUAGUAAUGGUGAGAGUGGAUAUCCCUGUAAUGUUCCUGACCAUAGAGGAAAAGCUCUCAGUUUUUCCGCAUUGAGGAUGAUAUUAGCUGUGGGUCUAUUGUAUAUGGUUUUUAUUAUGUUGAGGUAUGUUCCAUCAACAUCUUUGUUGAGGGUUUUUAUCAAGAAUCAAUUCUGUACUUUGUCAAAUGCUUCUUCUGCAUCUAUUGAGAGGAUCAUAUUGUUCUUACCCUUUCUUUUAUUAAUGUGGUAUAUCAUGUUGAUUGAUUUGCAAAUGUUGAACCAGCCCUGUAGCCCAGGAAUAAAUCCCACUUGAUCAUGGUGAAUAAUUCAUUUAAUGUACUGUUAGAUUCGAUUUGCUAGUAUCUUGUUGAGAAUUUUUGCAUUCAUGUUCAUGAGGGAUAUUGGCCUGUAAAAAAAUAAAGAGCACAAAAUAAGAUAGUAGAAAUAAGUACAAAUAUACCACCAAUCAUAAUAAAUAUGAAUGAAUUGUACUUACCAGUUAAAAGACAACACUGUCGGAUUGUAUAACAUCUAGCCAGAUAUACACCAUUUUAAGAGACAUACUUAAAGUCCAAACGCAUUGUGAGGUAUUUUCAGAACAACAUUAAACAAGAGCACUUGUUCUUCCUGGCCUUCUCAGAUUGUUGAGAGUCAGCACAUAUAUUGUUUUCCCACAAAACAUGUAGGCUUUGAGUUGAGAGAGAGAUAAUAUAUAAUGAUAAGGAAGUAUCCAUUGCCCCUAUUUUAUUGGAGUUAUUUUUUGAAUCAAGAAUAGAUGUUGAAUUUUAUCAAAUUACCUUUUCAGUGUCUAUGGAGAUGAUCAUAGACUAUUCAUUUUGAUCCAUUGUAUAUUAAAUUAUAUUAAUAAGUGUCUUUAUAUUAAACCCUUCUUGCAUUAGUGGAAUAAAUUUCAUUUGUUCAUGCUGUGAACCAGUAUGCAGCAGCCAAAAUUUUUCUGGUAUUUUAAUUAGUAGUUUUGCAUUGAUAUUCACAAAUAAAGCUGAUCUAUAGCUUGCUUUUUUUGUCCAUAUUUUUCAGAUUUGUGUGUUACAAUUAUUGGCUCCCUACGAACUCUUUAGAAGUGUCCCCCUUUUAUUAUAGAAGGGACAAGCGCAAAAUAAUAUAAAGGAAACCAGGACCACAUGACAAAAUAUUAAAAGACAAAAGCAAUGAAAACAGUGUGAACAACAGGAAAUAUACUGGGAAACCUUAGACCAAAUAUAUCUGUCAUGUGUACAGACAAAGUCAGGGUAACAUUGUCUACUAAAAGACCAAAUAUAUUCACUUUGAAAUACAAAGUAAAACUGAAAACAUAAGAGACAAUUUAGAAAGAUUAGAAAUAGAUAGACAAAUAAAUCAUACCUGACAAUUGCAAACAAAAAGAAGUGGGAAGAAAUUUUUAACACUUGAAAAUGUUGAGUUUGCAAUAAGAAACAAAUGAGAAAAUAUAGACAGAUUUUUUAAGAUUUUGCUUUCAAGUAACUUCUAUACCCAAUGUGGGGCUUAAACUCACAACCCUGAGAUCAAGAGACACAGGGCGCCUGGGUGGCUCAGUUGGUUAAGCGACAGACUCCUGGUUUCAGCUCAGGUCAUGAUCUCAUGGUUUGUGAGUUUGAGUUCUAUGUUGGGCUCCACAGAUGGCAGCAUGGAGCCUGCAUGGUCUUCUC